AUGGACAAGGAUCAGGUCCAAGUCCCCUUAGAAGCCCCUGCACCACCAGUGCCCAUACUCCAGAAUGCAUCCAAUAAAUCUAGAAAGCUUAUACUUCAGAAAUACACCAUUUAUGAGACAAGUACAAGGGUUUAUAUCGUUGGUAGUAAUGGGAGAGAAACAAUGUUUAGGGUGCUAGAGAUCGAUUUGACUACUCCGAAGGAAGAGUUAUCAAUUGUGGAGGAUAAUGUGUUUUUCACAAGAAAGGAAAUUAUGGAUGUGCUUUCCAAAUUAGAGGAAACUAGUGAAGAAGGACUUAUGAAAAGACUUACAGGGUUUGGAUUGUUAGGUUUCAUACGAUUUACUGAUUGUUAUUAUCUAUGUGUUGUUACGAAAAGAUCUCCCAUUGCUAUUUUAGGUGGUCAUUAUAUCUAUCAUAUUGAUGAUACUGAAUUGAUUCCAAUAUCAAAUAAUUAUAGGAAACCUGAUAAUUAUAGUGAAGAGGCAAGAUUUCUUGCAACUUUUGCAAAUUUAGAUCUUUCUAAAACUUUUUAUUUCAGUUAUACUUAUGAUUUAACAAAUACUUUACAAAGAAACAUCUUGAGAGAAAAGAGAAAAGCUUAUGGAUUCCCUAGUAAUGGUAAAUUCCAUGAUCAAUAUAAUGAAAUGUUUAUAUGGAAUAGUUCCUUAUUGAAACCCAUAAUGCAAACUUAUGAUAGAAUAUAUGAUUGGUUUCAACCUAUAAUUCAUGGUUUCAUUGACCAGGCAAAUGUUUCUAUAUUUGAUAAAAAAAUUUAUAUAACAGUUAUUGCUAGAAGAUCUCAUCAUUUUGCUGGUGCAAGAUUUUUGAAAAGAGGUGUUAAUAACCAAGGUAAUGUUGCAAAUGAAGUUGAAACUGAACAAAUUGUUUCAGAUUUAUUAACUACAAGUUUCCAUGAUAGUAAAAUGGGAUUUUAUAAUAAUCCAAGGUAUACCUCAUAUGUUCAACAUAGAGGUUCAAUUCCAUUAUUUUGGUCUCAAGAAGGUACAAAUCUAAAAUUAGCUAAACCUCCAAUUGAAAUUGAUAUUGUUGAUCCAUUUUAUAGCUCUGCUGCAUUACAUUUUGAUGAUUUAUUUAAGAGAUAUGAUUGUCCAAUAUUAAUUUUAAAUUUAAUUAAAGUUAAAGAAAGAAAUCCAAGAGAAACCAAGUUAUUAAAAGAAUUUGAAGAAUGUAUUAAUUAUUUGAACAAAUUUUUACCAGAGGAUAAUAAAUUGAAUUAUACAAGUUGGGAUAUGAGUAGAGCAUCAAAAUCUGAUGGCCAAGAUGUUAUAGAAUUCUUGGAAACAUAUGCAGAUCAAACUUUACAAAAAACUGGUAUUUUCCAUAAUGGUUCAAAUUUUAAAGGUACAAAUUUACAAGAAGGUAUUUGUCGUACAAAUUGUAUUGAUUGUUUAGAUCGUACAAAUGCUGCACAAUUUGUCAUUGGUAAAAAAGCAUUAGGUUAUCAAUUAUUUGCCUUGGGUAUAAUUGAUGAUGUUUUCAUUGAUUAUGAUUCAGAUGUUGUUAAUAUAUUAACUGAAAUGUUUCAUGAUCAUGGUGAUACAAUUGCAUUACAAUAUGGUGGUUCACAUUUAGUUAAUACCAUGGAAACUUAUCGUAAAAUUAAUCAAUGGUCAUCACAUUCAAGAGAUAUGAUUGAAAGUAUCAAAAGAUUUUAUAGUAAUUCAUUUAUUGAUGCACAAAGACAAGAAGCUAUAAAUUUAUUUUUGGGGAAUUAUGUUUGGGAAAAGGGUAAACCAAUGUUAUGGGAUUUAAAUACAGAUUAUUAUUUACAUAAUAUUCAAUCAUUAACUUCACAUAAAUUUAAAAGAAGUUAUACACAUUGGUGGACAGAUUCAAAUUUAAUUAAAUUUAAUGAAUAUUAUGAUUUAAAAUUUGAUGAUAAUGAUAACGAAGAUGAAGAAAGAUUAGAACCUUAUCAAGGAUUUUUCGAUAAUUAUUGGAAUGAAUAUUAUGUACCAAGAAAAUUAACAUUUUUUGAAAAAUUAUUUGAAAUUAAUAUGAAUUCAACAUUAAGAUACAUUUCACCUUCACAAAAUUUAGAAGAAGCUUUUAAUAUAUCACCUUUUAAAUCUAGAAAACAAACUUCAAUUAAUUAUAAAUUGAAAAAAUUAGAAUUACAAAGACGUAAAAGAGCAAAUUUGAAAAAUAAUGAUGAUUCAGAUGGGAAAAAUUUAAAUUCUUCUAAAAAUCUUGAAUUUUUAGUUACACGUCAACAAUUGAAUGAAUUAAGUUUAUCAUCAAAUAAAUUUAAAAAAGAAAUUGAAAUUACUAAAGCUAAAGAACAAGAUUAUAUUUUUGGUAAUAUUUUAACUCAAGAAGAUUAUAUAACUCCAUCAUUAACAAACUCAUCAAUUUCUACACCAAGUUUCCAAUCAACAGCUGAUGAUAAUAAAAAUGGAAUUUAUGAUUCAAUAAAUCAAAAUAUUGAAGUUAGUUUCUCAAAUUUAAAGAUUUAUUCAGAAUCAUGUAAUCAAGAAUUAAAUGUACUACCAACAUCAAAUAAUAAAAAGGAAAUUGAAACAAAAGAAUCUUUAGAAUAUAAUAAUUUAUUAAAUUUACCCAAGAUAAAUUCAAAAGAUUAUGAAUUUUAUGAAUCAAUGAUUAAUCUACAACAAUGA